AUGACCGUCACCGGACGCCCGCCGGCCGCAAGUGGCCAGCUGGAAGCGCGCCCGGUCGAAAAGCGCAAGGGCUCCUCCAAGCGCCGCACCUCCAUGGGGAUGGUCCAGUCGGCCUCGGUCGUGUCGGUGUCCGCCUCGCAGGCGGCCCUGGAGGAGGCCGACCGACCGCCGACCGACGCCGGAGACAUGCCGGCCGCCGCCGCGGCGGACAGCGGCGCACACACGCCCGAUAUGCUGGAGGCCGGCUCGCCCGGCGACCGCGGCGGGUCCCCCCCGGCGACCGACCCGGCACCGACGGCCCACCACCCGGAUGCCGACCUGGCCAGCAUCCACAGCCUCGAGCCCGAGUCCAGGCCGGACCUUGGGGGGGACCCGCCGCGGUCGCGGUCGCGCUCGUCUUCCUCCAGGCGCCGGGACCCCGGCGAUCCGGACAAGCCACGCCGGACCCGGCGCUCGGACCCCGCCGACCCCGAUCGCCCCCGGCGCACCGACCCCAAUGACCCCGCUCGGCCGCGGCGAAGCCGCCGGACGGACCCCAGCGCUCUCGACGCCGAGAGCGGGGUGUCGGCUGCCCGGGUGGUUGGCAGCGGGUCGUCGGUGCGCACGCGCGGCACCACAUCCCGCGGCCGCCCGGAGCGCGCCCUGUCGCCGACCUUCGCCGACGAGCAGGAUGGCAUGCGCCGGCAUGCGGCCGAGCGGUCGCAGCGCGCCGGCCCGGGCAGUGCCACGGCCCCGUCGGCCCACCAUGCCGCCGCCCGGCAGUCACAGGCCCAAGCCACGAGCCCGAUCGCGCAGCCCACCACCCCGGGCGGGCUGCCGGCGGAUUUCUUCCUGCCGCGCGUGUCGAAGGAGUUCUACAUCUGGGAAAAGUCCCAGCUGGGCCAGCUGCCCACCGGGUGGGAGAUGCUCCAGUCGCGUGGCAGCGAUCCCGCAGACCCGCACCCCUCCUUCAGCGGCCCGAAGACCCUCUACAUCGACCAUCUGAACCAGCAAACCACCUGGAUCGACCCGCGUACCGAGAAGACCCGGACGAUGAACAUCCUCGAAACCAAGUAUGGCGAGCUGCCCUAUGGGUGGGACGAGUGCGUGGACAAGGACAUCGGCGUGUACUACCUGGACCACACCAUGCAAACCACGUACCUGGACCCGCCUUGGGACGAGCGGGUCCGCUUCCAGGUGGCCGUGCUGGCCAACUUCAUCACCGAACAGACCCGCCGGAUGCAGCUCCUGCAAGACCGCGCCAAGAUGGAUGACGCCGCGCGCGCGGCCGAGGCCAGUCGCCGGGUGACCGAGCUGGAGGCGAUGCACAAGAAUUUGUCGGUCGAAAUCGAACGCCUGGAGGCGCUGGAGGCCGAGAGCCGCCGGCGGAUAGGCCUCGAGGGGCUGAAGCAUGGGUCGCGUGGGCUCCUGGAGGACAUCAACCUCGAGGGGCUGACCCCCGAGGAGAUCGAGGUGGAGCUCAUGCGCGCGGAGAAGCUGCGCCAUGAGCUCCUCCAAGAGCAGAGCCUCAUCGAGGUGGAGGAGCUCCGCUCGCAGCUGCAGGAUGUCGACGACGAAAUCCGCCUCGAGCGCAUGCUUCUCAAUGAGGAUGCCGAGACGUGCUCGACCAUCGCCGACAUGCUGGCCGAGCGGCUGAAUGCCCUGCGCGCGGCUCGCAUGCCGGCCCCGGGCGAGCGGCGCCCCGGCCAGGAGGACGACGAUUCCGACGCGCCGGCCGAAGACACCACCAGCAACAUCGCCAACCGGACGGAGGCCAUCCGCGCCGAGCUCAUGGAGGCCGAGCGCGAUGUGCGCGACGAGCGUGAGCGCCGGCGCCGGGCCGAGGCCGAGCUCCUGCAAUUCCAGAUGAACAUCAUGCGCGGCCCGGCCCGCGAUGAGGACGACGAUCCGGACGAGGACAGCCAGUCGCAGGCGCGCCGGCGCCGGCGCCGGGCCACCGCCUCGGCCAUCGCCGCGGCCAACCGCCGUCGCGAGAAGGAGGAGGGCCUGGCCCGAGGUGGGGAGGCCACCGGGCCCGGGGCCGGGCCCGGGGCCGGCUCGACGCCGCGUGCCAAUUCCCUCGCCGGCGAACUGGGCGCCGACAUUCGGCGCCUGCACAUGCGUCUGCAGCAGCAGCGUCUCGAGGUGGAGACAUUCGAGCGGGCGCGCGCGGAGCGCUCGGCCGCCGCUGCGACUGCCGCCGAGGAUCCCGAGCGCCCGGCUGCCGGCCCGCCGGUCGACCAAACGUCCCGCAAGAUCCGCGAGAUGCAUGGCAUGGUCGAGGCGUCGGAGAGCGUGCGCGAGGCUGUCGUCACCAACUACAACCCGGACAAGUCGUCCUUCCAGGAACGCAUGCUCUUCUUUGCUGCCAACGCGGCCAACAACAAGUCCCCGCCGCCGGUCCCGCGGAAACUCUGGUGAGGGGGGGCGGCAGCACGGGGCCCCGAGGCCGCGGGCCCGUGGCUGCCGGCCGCGGGCGCAAGAGGAGGCGUACCCCGAGCGAGAUCGGCGGCGGUGCAGCCCCCGAGAGAAGGC